CAAUCAUGGUGCCGCUGGGGAGGGGAGAAGCUGCCUCUGCCGCCGUUGCCGGGAGCCGCGGAGACAGGUCGUUACCUUUCCAUUUCUCACAAUUGGGCUGAGCACGAUUGAACCAUGGGGGAACACAGUCCAGACAACAACAUCAUCUACUUUGAGGCAGAGGAAGAUGAGCUGACCCCCGAAGUCAAGAUGCUCAGGUUUGUGGAUAAAAACGGACUGGUGCCUUCCUCAUCUGGAACUGUUUAUGAUAGGACAACUGUUCUUAUUGAGCAGGACCCUGGCACUUUGGAGGAUGAAGAUGACGAUGGACAGUGUGGAGAACACUUGCCUUUUCUAGUAGGGGGUGAAGAGGGCUUUCACCUAAUAGAUCAUGAAGCAAUGUCGCAGGGUUAUGUGCAACACAUUAUCUCACCAGAUCAGAUUCAUUUAACAAUAAACCCUGGUUCCACGCCCAUGCCGAGAAAUAUCGAAGGUGCAACCCUCACUCUGCAAUCGGAAUGUCCAGAAACGAAACGUAAAGAAGUAAAGCGGUACCAGUGCACCUUUGAGGGCUGUCCCCGUACCUACAGCACAGCAGGCAACCUGCGCACCCACCAGAAGACUCACCGAGGAGAGUACACCUUUGUCUGUAAUCAGGAGGGCUGUGGCAAGGCCUUCCUCACCUCCUACAGCCUCAGGAUCCAUGUGCGAGUGCACACGAAGGAGAAGCCAUUUGAGUGUGACGUGCAGGGCUGUGAGAAGGCGUUCAACACGCUGUACAGGCUGAAGGCACAUCAGAGGCUUCACACAGGGAAAACGUUUAACUGUGAAUCUCAAGGCUGCAGCAAGUACUUCACCACACUCAGUGAUCUGAGGAAGCACAUUCGAACCCAUACAGGAGAAAAGCCAUUUCGGUGUGAUCAUGAUGGCUGUGGAAAAGCAUUUGCAGCAAGCCACCACCUUAAAACUCACGUCCGUACACAUACUGGUGAAAGACCCUUUUUCUGCCCCAGUAACGGCUGUGAGAAAACAUUCAGCACUCAAUACAGUCUCAAAAGUCACAUGAAAGGUCACGAUAACAAAGGACACUCAUACAAUGCACUUCCAAAUCACAAUGGAUCAGAGGAUACGAAUCACACCCUUUGUCUGAGUGACUUGAGCCUUCUGUCCACAGAUUCUGAAUUGCGAGAAAAUUCCAAUACAACACAGGGCCAGGAUCUCAGCACAAUUUCACCAGCAAGCAUCUUUGAAUCAAUGUUCCAAAAUUCAGAUGAUACGGCCAUUCAGGAAGAUACUCAACAGACAGCUGCCUUGAUUGAAAGUUUUAAUGGUGAUGCAGAGUCAGUCAGUGAUGUUCCACCAUCCACAGGAAAUUCAGCAUCUUUAUCUCUUCCACUUGUACUGCAGCCUGGCAUCUCCGAGCCACCCCAGCCUCUACUACCAGCCUCAGCACCGUCUGCUCCUCCGCCUGCUCCCUCCUUAGGAACUGGUUCCCAGCAAGCUGCAUUUGGCAACCCCCCUGCUCUCUUACAACCUCCAGAAGUGCCUGUUCUCCACAGCACACAGUUUGCUUCUAAUCAUCAAGAGUUUCUUCCGCACCCUCAGGCACCUCAACCCAUCGUACCAGGACUUUCUGUUGUUGCUGGGGCUUCUGCACCAGCAGCAGCAGUGGCAUCAGCCGUGGCAGCACCACCCCAACCACAGAGUACUACUGAGCCCCUGCCAGCCAUGGUCCAGACUCUGCCCCUGGGUACCAACUCUGUCCUGACGAAUAAUCCCACUAUAACCAUCACCCCGACUCCCAACACGGCUAUCCUGCAGUCCAGCCUAGUCAUGGGAGAACAGAACUUACAAUGGCUAUUAAAUGGUGCCACCAGUUCACCGCAAAACCAAGAACAAAUUCAGCAAUCAUCUAAAGUUGAGAAGGUGUUUUUUACCACUGCAGUACCAGUAGCCAGUAGCACAGGGAGCUCGGUACAGCAGAUUGGCCUCAGUGUUCCUGUGAUCAUCAUCAAACAAGAGGAGGCAUGUCAGUGUCAGUGUGCGUGCCGGGACUCUGCCAAGGAGCGGGCGGCCAGCAGGAGAAAGGGCUGUUCUUCUCCACUCCCUCCAGAGCCAAGCCCCCAGCCUCCUGAUGGGCCUGGCCUGAAGCUACCACCACAGACGUUUUCCCCACCGCCUGUCCCUCUGUCUUCAUCCUCCACCAUACCUUCUUCCUGUGAGCAAAGCAGACCAGCAGAGACUCCUUCAGACCCUCAGACAGAAACGUUAAGUGCCAUGGAUAUGUCCGAGUUUCUGUCCCUCCAGAGCCUGGACACCCCGUCCCAUCUGAUUCCCAUUGAAGCACUACUGCAGGGGGAGGAGGAGACGGGCCUGACCAGCAGCUUCUCCAAGUGAAAGGCCUGUGUGGGCUCACCUCCGCAGAGAGAGGCCACGCAGGAAGCGUGAGGUGCGAUGCUACCAUCAUAGGGUCAGCAGUUGGAAGGAUGAAGAAAUCUACUGUUUGAAAUCCUCAUUUUUCAGACGUAUUUUCUUUAUUCAUAUCCCAGGAGCAUCCAUUUUAAGGAACUGAUCUUUGGGGAAAAAAAAACAAAAACAACAAAACAAAAAAAAAAGCUAAGUUAUAAAUGAACUGUUUGGCUGCACUGUAUGUCACUUUUGCUUAUUGUCAUGUGAACUUGGAAAUUAAGGUUACUCGUAUGCAUAAAAAUUCUCAAUGAAAGGGUGUGGUUUCCAUCAAUCAGAUGCUGCCCAUCACUUGCACUGGGGUCUUUGUGGUUUGGGCAGUAGAGUUCAGUGUGUCGGGCGUUGCUCCUCCCUGUGUGUCUUUUGAGUGUGAGGCUGAAGCUUGCUCGGAAGGCCAGACCCUCGCUCCAUCAGAGAGGGAAGUGGCAGAGGCAGGUGAGACCCCUGUGAGCCAGACAGGGAUUGGGUAAGAUGGCUUUGUUGUUUGCGCUUGGUGUUGUGGAGCUCAGGGUGGCUAUGGCGGGGGUCGUCCUGCAGCCAGUUUCAGCACACAGGGGCAGCUGAAAGCCUGGCCGAGCCUGUGGGGACGCUCGGGUUCUGCAGGGGCCCGAGGCAAGUUGUUGACUGCUGUCUAUGGAUGGCAGGUGUGCAGAGCCGGCUCUAGUGGCAUCAUCAGAGUCUUUGCCUUCCUGGUUCUCUCUCUCAGUUGGUUGCUGGGGCUUGCAGAUCGCGGUGAAUUUUUCUUGGGAAACAUCCCUGUUUUGUCCUAGAGUGGACAUGUGGCUUAUGGCCAGCUGCUGGUCGGUGGUCUGCCUUCCUUUAAUGGUAUUUUCCUUCUCAGAGCAGGAGAGCUGCAUUUUGCUUCUGAGGAGAAGUUGCGGCUUUAAGGGAGUUUUUUUUAAGGUGCGUGUAAUUGGCAGGCCAAGUGUGCUGGUUCCAGGUUCAGCAGGCUUUUGGUUGCCCCCUCCCAUCUCUGCCUCUCACCCCUCUGGAUUUUGCAUACAGCCUAGUACAGUGCAAAGAAGGAUGUGACUUGCUCAGCUUAGUCAUGUGAUUUCUAAACAAAAACAAAAAAACAACACAAAACGAUGAUCUUCUACUCAGGGUAAAACAAAACAAAAAAUUCCCUUUCGACCAAAAAGCCUGAAAUGUUGCAAUAAGUUAUCUCAUUUGGAAUGUUUCAUUAAGUUGUGUUAUAGGGGAAAAAAAUUUUCUUUUUGAUUUGUGUAUAGAAUUAUAUCCAUCUGUCUGCCUUUGGCUCCAAGUCAUUGCCUCUUAAAAUAAAACAUAAACUCCAGUCCACACUAAAAUGGAAAGUUUCUCUCAACUGGCUCUAUUAAUGUAGUCAUGAGUGCUCAGCAAACUCACUGAGCUCAGAGACGAGGCAUGGCCCGGGCCUAGACUAGCCUCUGCCUCCCAAGAGCCCCUUGCGGGCCUUGAGGAGCAAGCUCCCACAAGCAAGGCUGUUCUUCUGAGUCAACCAUGUCAGUCAGGCAGAGAACAGCCAUAAUCUUCCCUUCCUUUUCCACUCUGUAAUGUAAAGAGAUCUGCGUUUAUCACACUCGAGUUCUCUGAGCCAUUCCUCAGGGCCAGCCAAGACAGUACCCAGAGCAGAUCGUUUGCCUGGGAGCACGUGGCCCUGCCUUUGACAGGAUGUUGGGACACACUUGGACAGGAGGGCGGUGGUGGUAAAUGUUCCUGCCAUGCGGAGAAAUGGGCUUAACCACAGGCAGCUGGUGGUUCCUCAUUCCAGGAGUCUAGUCAGGAGAGUUGAUUUCUUUUUGACCUUCUGUACUCCCUUCCCCAAAAGGCUGAUGGCUUCUGGUGACCAUUGACCUCAGCAGAGGUUGAUAAGGCACGAGGAAUCUUCUGUUACCACAGUGGAUUAGUCUUCCUGGAAAAUGAGCAGCUGAGCGUGGGUGGUCCUUGGCUGUCUCUGGGCCUGCACCCAUGGGAAGCUUUGAGGUAGGACCGUUGCUGUCUUCUCUCCAACUUCUGAGAGAGAGCAGUGUGAUGGGAUCCAGAAGCUAGCAUACAUGUGAGGGCAGGAAUGGCCUCCCCACAUACCCAUCCUAGGUGCACCUGGGAUUCGGUUCCUGGGUGCUGAGGUGGGAAACAGGAGCCCAGGGAAGACCAUUGGAAGGCCGUGGUUUAAAUAUUGCUUCUUUCUGGUUAGCCAGGGCUGUGCUUGUGUUGGGCUCACCCAGGUUAGGGGCUUUUCCGCUCUCCAAAGAUUGGGAGUGAUGAAGCAUCUUAAAAGAGUGUCAGGCUGACAGAUUUUUCUAGUUGAAGUAUCUACCUUUUGAGGCUGGCUCAAGAUUACAAGGGGGACUGUCGGAUCCAAUCAGCUUUUGAAAAAUCAGGAAUGUGCUUAAAAUGCUCGUGAGUAGUUGUGAAGAGCAGGUCUGUUCCACAGGGUAGGCAGUCUUUCCUUACCUUCCUCCUUCAGCACUCUUUCCCUCCCCAUCUCCUUCUAUAAGCCUGGCCUCUAGUACCACGGACCUUGGAGAAGAGAGGGCCGCUGGCUUAACUGGAGCCAGAAAGAGCCUUCGUGGAGAGCAUGGUUUCCCAAACCCAGGAAUGAACCUGGGGUGAGGUUAGGGAAGGUCUGCAGACUUCUAGCGGGUGCCAUCAAGCCUUUUUUCUUCCCAUGGUAACCUUAACCAUUUUCACCCUGUAGAUUUAUACUUCCAGCUCCCACUAGCAUCUCCAGUUAUGCUGCCCCUUUAUGGGGUGCAGGUCAGCACCAGGAUUUGGAGUUCAUGGGCUUGGAGCUGGUAGGAAACCUUGGCUGGCACCGCCAAACUGCCUUAGUGAAUUUGGCCCUUCCCAGGCAGGUGGGUGGGGCAUUGAGGGAAAGUGGUCCUGCCUUUCCUGACAGGGUCUGGCCAACCUCAUGGGGGCAUCACUAGUUUGGUGACAAGAGUUGGUGUCAUUUAUUGAAUUCCACCCCUCCCCGCCUUUAGAAGGACAUCAUGGUACAAAGCCCAGGAGGGGCCUUAAGGUGUGAAGACCUCUCUGGGUAGAAGCAAGGGACUUUUCUUCACCACCUCUGGAGAGUCAAUAGAUUGGAGAGUUUUACCUUCAGGGUCAAGGCAGUGGACUGACGGGGAUAAUGAUAAUGGAGGGUAGGAUGGGUUUUCCUGAGAGACUUUGUAUAAUGCUGAAUGUGUCCAGAGGGACAAGUUUGCAGAACCUCAUAUUGGUAUAUUAAAGAAAUAAUAAAGUAAAAAAGCACUUUAGGUUAUUUUAUCUUUAACCCAAUUGCUGCAAUUUCUUUUGUGUAUAUAUAUACAUAUAUACUUUCCACAAAGUUUUAUUUUUUGCUCAGAAUAAAAAGUUAAAUUGCAGUGUGAAAAGAAAAGCACUUACUUUGGUGCAAUAUGUGUAGCUUGACAGUCGUUGUCCCAUGUGGCCCAGGUCUGGCCGCAUUUUUCUGCUCAUCAGCCCUGUACUGUGAGGCUGUCUAUAGGGAAACACUAUUAUGCAUUCUCAGCAACUGCUCAAUCUAUGCAAGCCUUCCCUGUGUGCCCGAGGGCGCCCCUCAGGCUCUCUGAAGAACUCUGCGGGUCCUGUUUUCUUCUGCUGACUGUUGAGGCCCUUUGUCAUCACUUCUUCUUAGUCCCUUGCCAUCUUUCCCCUCUUCACCGUUACGAAGUGAUACCUGAAGGAAGGAACAGGUUGUUCCUAGGGAGAAACCUGGCCCCUUCUAGACUUUUAUAUUUGUAAUCACGUCCAUUGUCCUUAAUCUUAAAGACUUCUCCAGAGUCACUGAAACCAUUGAUUUGUGGAACUGCAACAAUAUUGCUAAAGAGUUGACACUUUUCCACCAAUCAGAAAUAUGUUUGGGGAGGUGGUCUUGGUAGUGGGGGGCGGCAACACGGGCCAUUUCCACACUGCUCCCCAUUCCAGCCUGUUGGCUCUUUAAGCAAAAAGGCCUCUAGGCUUCAUUAAAUCCAGUGAACAAAGCUGUUAAUAAUCUGAUUUAUCAACUUUCUUCCUUCCCCUUCACUCCUCUCUUGUUCCCCCCACCCCAUUUUAUCUUCAAUUCUCAGGCUACAAUAGAAGAGAACUUUUAAAGUAUACUUCAGCCAAAGCAGAAAGAUUUCCAUAGAUCCAAUAUGCAAAUGGUUCUGCUGUGACAUAGAUUGGAAGUUGUCCAUUCUUUAAUACUGGGGGGUAGGGGGGGACCAACAAAACCAAAUUAUGCCUAUUUCUGAUUGGUAGUCCAGCCUGUUUCUUCUUGAGUACUUUUGGGGGAGAGGGAAAGGGUCCCGGGUUUCUUCUCAUGCCCUUUGGGGAAGCUGGCAUUUCUCACUGUUCCUCCUGUUCAAGAGAGGGCUUCUCAGUCUGCACUGAAAAAUGCAAAUUAAACUGGAUCUUUGUGUCAAUGUGUACAUAGUACAAGCUUUUUUACUGGAAGCAAAGUUUAAACCCACACAUUGCCCUUUUGGUGGUGUGCCUGCUGGGCCAAAAAUUGGGUGAUAAUGUAGUGUCACUUUCUCAGCUCAAUGCAGUUUCUACUCUUUGUUAUGGGAAAACUUUUCAUAAAAUCUUUUUUCACCAAAACCCAGGGGUGUUUUUUGCAAUAUCCUUGUUAUCCUCUUAGUGGUGCCAAGUCAGAGGCCUCUCUUGCUCUUCUCCCGGGUCCUCAGGCCUCCCGGGGGCACUGUUUGACUCAACAGUCUACAUCUUUUGUCGUGUUUCGGAGAAUGUAGGGUGAGGGUUGGAGUUCAAGGUGGCUGUUCCCUUUCCCUGUGAACUCUUCUUAGUACCUGUUUGGGGAAGGUGGCUGGAAACAGGUUUUUGCUGAAUCUCUGGCUCAGAUCUUCUGGCCAGGAAAGGCAAGACCCACGAGAGCCUUCUUUGUUCACACACUAUCAUUGGCUGGAGGUCUUGGUGACAGUUUUUUAAAUCCCAAAUAGUUCUAUUUGGAUUAUGUAAAAGCCUAUCCAAUUUAUUUAAGAUUGAAACAUGGGAACAACGGACUUCCACUGAGCGAUGUGAAAACGUUACAGGUUCAGUACUUCCAAAGGAAGAAACCUCCAAACCCAAAAAAGAGUAAAUAUGAAUUUGUAUUUUUGAAGAAUGUGAAAUAAUGGUGUUUGCUUAAUUGCUCAUUUUGUAUAAACUUAAUAUUGUACUUUAAAAUAUCUGCUAAGAAGUGAAAAUUUAACUUUUUGGAAUUGAAAAAGCAAUAUUAAAUACUAAUGAAAUCCUAAUUAAAUGCUUAU